GUGCACAUUGACAUGGACACCUCAAAUCGCCUUACGGUUGUUUAGAGUUAAACGCUUUUCUCGUGUCUGUAGGUGAUUGAGUGUAAGAGACUUAAAAAACGGGAAUCGGCAUUAAAUUAUCUGUUACAGCUCAGCUUGUUCUUUUGAAUUUUGAGGAAGACACGUCGACCCCCGGUCUCUCUUCCGUCCGCUGACGGAUUUAUCCUCUCAGCUGUUGGGCGAAAAGUGGAGAGGAAGCAAACAUGCCUAAACCGAUCAAUGUCCGUGUGACCACCAUGGAUGCAGAGCUGGAGUUUGCCAUCCAGCCUAACACCACAGGAAAACAGCUUUUUGACCAGGUGGUGAAAACAGUAGGUCUGCGGGAGGUUUGGUUCUUCGGUCUGCAGUAUGUGGACAGUAAAGGUUACGUCACCUGGCUAAAACUGAACAAAAAGGUGACCCAGCAAGAUGUGAAAAAAGAAAACCCUCUGCAGUUCAAGUUCAGGGCCAAGUUCUUCCCAGAGGACGUUUCUGAGGAACUGAUCCAAGAGAUCACACAGAGACUCUUCUUCUUGCAGGUCAAAGAGGCCAUUUUGAACGAUGAGAACUACUGUCCUCCAGAGACGGCCGUGCUGCUGGCUUCAUAUGCUGUCCAGGCUAAGUAUGGAGACUACAACAAAGAUGUCCAUAAGGCUGGAUACCUGACCCAUGACAGACUACUGCCUCAGAGAGUUCUGGAGCAGCACAAGCUGACGAAGGAGCAAUGGGAGGACAGGAUACAGGCCUGGCAUGAGGAGCACAAAGGAAUGCUCAGAGAAGAUUCAAUGAUGGAGUACCUAAAAAUUGCUCAAGACCUGGAAAUGUACGGAGUGAACUACUUUGAGAUCAAAAACAAGAAGGGCACACAGCUGUGGCUGGGCGUGGACGCUCUAGGUCUCAACAUCUAUGAACACGACGACAAAUUGACACCAAAGAUCGGCUUCCCCUGGAGUGAGAUCAGAAACAUCUCAUUUAAUGACAAGAAGUUUGUGAUCAAGCCUAUUGACAAAAAAGCACCUGAUUUUGUGUUUUAUGCCCCGCGACUGCGCAUCAACAAGCGUAUUUUGGCGUUGUGUAUGGGAAACCACGAGUUGUACAUGAGGAGAAGAAAGCCUGACACCAUUGAAGUGCAGCAGAUGAAGGCCCAAGCCCGGGAAGAAAAGCACCACAAGCAGAUGGAAAGGGCCCAGUUGGAGAAUGAAAAGAAGAAACGAGAACUUGCCGAGAAGGAGAAGGAAAGAAUAGAGCGGGAGAAGGAAGAGCUCAUGGCGAGGCUGCGGCAGAUCGAAGAGCAGACCAUGAAGGCUCAGAGAGAGCUUGAAGAACAGACUCGCCGGGCCAUGGAGUUGGAGCAGGAAAGACAGAAAGCACGAGAGGAGGCCGAGAAGCUGGAGAGGGAGAGACAAGCAGCUGAAGAGGCCAAGGCAGAGCUGGCCAGGCAGGCGGCAGACCAGCAGAAGACCCAAGAGCAACUGGCCACCGAGCUGGCCGAGUUCACAGCAAAGAUUGCUCUCCUGGAAGAGGCCAAGAGGAAGAAGGAGGAUGAGGCCACCGAGUGGCAGCACAAGGCUCUGUCUGCUCAGGAGGACCUGGAGAAGACCAAGGAGGAGCUGAAGACCGCCGUGACGCCCGCGCCCGCUCACCCGGGCGGCGACGGCGACCCCGAGCACGACGAGCAGGACGAGAACCACGCCGAGGCCAGCGCCGAGCUGUCCAACGAGGGCGUCUGCCAGCUGGACCUCCGCAGCGAAGAGGCUCGCGUCACCGAAGCGCAGAAGAACGAGAGGGUCAAGAAGCAGCUGCAGACUUUGAGCUCGGAGCUGGCCGACGCCCGAGACGAGACCAAGAAGACGCAGAACGACGUGCUGCACGCCGAGAACGUCAAGCAGGGCCGAGACAAGUACAAAACGCUGCGGCAGAUCCGGCAGGGCAACACCAAGCAGCGCAUCGACGAGUUCGAGUCCAUGUGAAAGCGGAGCCGCCUAGUUUUCCUCUACCUGCCCAGGCAAUCUGGUUAAAUUGCUCGUCGGACAUUGCCAAAGCUUAAGAUAGAGCUGCUCUGAACUAGAUAUUCACCGCCAGAGCCAGUCAUCAUUAAUCCUAAAAUGUUUUGGGAAAGAGCAACUGUAAAACCAAAAGCUAGGUUUUAUUUUGUACUGAAUCAACCUGGCCAUAGAAAGCUGUUUUAAAUUUUUUUUUUUGUCGUUCUUGUUUUCCUUAACCCGUGUAUGCAAAGCUUUAGUCGGAUAUCCCUUAUUUUCUGCUUUUGUUUCUCGCUUGUUUUAUCGAUGGUUUGGGGGAAAACCAGGUCAUAUUGGCGUUUGGAGAGCUUCUGUUACAUCAUGUCAAAACAUAUCGAAUAUUAGAGCUGAGGUUACUUCACUAUGUCCUUUCAAUUCAAACUAUGAUUUAAUAUUUAGAGGCUUAUGUGGAAAAAACGGAGCUGCAGUAUUUUUUUUUAUUUUUUAUUUUUAAUGGCUGGCUGAUCAAAAACCAGCAGUAUUUUUGAGAUUUUAAAAGAAAUCUUUUCUGUGAAUUAGAAGCGAACAAAGUUUGGACAAUUGAAUGUAGCAAAGAUUACAAAGGGAAAAUGUUUUGGGGUUUUUUUGUUGUUGUUUUUAUAUAUAUACAUAUAUAAAUCUAUAGUCAUAGUAGUAACUAAUCAGAUUGUGCCACUCAGCUGUCGCCCUCAAGUUUAAAAGUAUUAUUAAAGAUAAGCUAAAUGGUU